AUAAUGGAAGAAGCGCUAUUUUCAAUCCAAACCGGACCAGCUGGCGCGAGAUUUGUUUGUUGACUUCGUCUUCGUUUGUUGACAUGGACAUGAUCCCACAAUAAUUACAUUUCACGGCUUAACGUCGUAGACAGUGAUCUCCUUCUUCUCAGUUUAAAAGAUCGCUGAGACGCUGAAUGAAUGAUGGAUUCAGAUGUACGACCUGUUUCCAUGGUGAUGACCUGCGAUGACGCAGUGGAGAUGACAUUCGUGGAUGGAUCAAGGGUCCAGCUUUCUCCUUGUGGGUCAUGUUUCAUUUACGACCCACCUGCAAGCCAAGAAAUCUCACAUUCCUAUCAGAGGAAAGAUUUAGGACCAAGCCAUCCUCUCUAUGCAUCCAACAGGAUACAGCAGAGGACAUGCUUUGUUACUAGCAUCUGCAGGUCAAAGGUCAAAGCAGCUCUUGAAUUUAGAAAUCGGUUUGCUUUGUGUCCUUUCCUUUCUGCUGCUACUACACAGGGAGAGAGUACAUUGGAACUGUAUACCAACAUCACCCAAGUGGAAUGGUCCAACUCAGAUAGAACGGGUACCUUCAGACAGCUCCCUGACCAUUCUCUUGAGCUGACCUCGGUGGAUAGCCUUGCUACAAUGAUCCUUUCACCCAAUGGUCAAGACUUCUCGGUCAAGUAUCUCUGUAAGCUCCAACCAGAUGGUGAAAGACCACUGGACGUCCAUGCAGAGCCUGAACAUCAAAUGGUACAAAGCUCAGAACUCAAUGGGGAUUACAAGGAAAGCCUUAGGUGUCACCAAAGGACCACAAGUGAUGUGAAACUCUGCCCAGACCAUAGUAGUGGAGGGUUCAUCUACCAAGGAGAAGGACAAUUCAUGCCACACUGUCAGGUUCAUGGUUCUGACCCCAAGGUGGCACACAGGAUAUCUCCAGAAGAUAGAGAUCUUUUAGUGACAGGCAGAAUGAGGUGCAAGUUCUGGUAUAUGUGGGUUAUACAGAACCACUCGGUUGCCCAUUGUCCACGGUAUUGGAGGCAGCCGUUGAAUCUGUUGUUGAAUCACCAUGCAAGCCUUCAGAAGACACCAGAUGAAAGUACCACUUUGUCCAAAGGAAAUGUUCCUGGUCCUAUGACAGACAAGCUUCGGAACCAGUCUAGUCCAGUACCACCCUCCCUACCCCUGAGGUGUGGUGAAAGUCACCUUCACAAGCAUCACUGGAGACCGAUCAGACAGGAGUGUACUGUAGAUGAUAGGGGUGAGGCUGAUACCCUUACCAUGUAUGGCAGAAAGGUCUCCGUUCUGGUCGUUGGAGGAGUGGUUUACAGGUAGAGGCCCAUAUUCUGAACUCAAAUUUAAUUAAAACUCUGCCCUAUUGAGUUGUGGUAUACUAUGGAUAGCCAAUUGCAACACAAAUUUCUAACAGUACUGGUUCAGUUAUUACACCUCAUUAGACGGUAUUAAUUCAUAUUGAUCUGCCUGGGAAUAAUAUUUUAAAAUAGUUUUUUUUUCCAAAAAGAACACGGAAACAUACAAUGUUGACAAAAUUUUUGGCUUCCCAUAAUUUUAUCACAGAUUUAGACCAUGGUAUGAGUUAAGCUUGACUUCAGAAUUUGGGCAUGUGAGUGAAUGUGUGAAUACAUUCCAAUUUAUUGAUUUUCUGAUACCAUAAUAUUAACAUUUACUAGCUGAGUUAGAAAAUUUCACACCUAGAAAAUAUCUAAUUAUAUAAAAAGUUGUUUAAUAGUGGAUAGUGAUUUUUUAUGUUUUUAUUGCCACGUUAGAUGACUAGCUUAACCAUAAGUUGAGCUUGUAGUGAAUUUUAAUCCACUUUAACCAGAUGCUUGGUAAAAGUGAUACACUUGAUUGGUGGUAUUCUCGUUAGAUUAUACGUUUAGGUCCAGUCUUAACCCGUAACUUAGGCCUCAUACUACGUGCAGAAUGGAAAAUUGUGUUAUAUUUACAGCUUAAUCAUCUCCGUCAGGUUAAAAAUGAUUUUAAUCCACGCUUAUUUGGAACAUUUGAUUUUAUCUUCCUUGUUCAACAUGUAUGACAAACAGUAUGGCUAUAUUUUUAUGACAGUUGGUAGGGGGUUGGUCUCAUUAUUUGGCAAUCCAGUUUUCAAAACUAAUUUGAUAUUACUGAAGCCUGUGUUGUAUGUAAAGAUGUUUUCCCAUGUUCCAUGGAUGCAGGCUGUGUUAUGGUAGAAAACACUCUGCCCCUUGGAUAGGAUGUUAAAUAGAGGACCAAUGUAUAGGAGAGUCACAACCUUUGCACGUAAGAACCUACUGCACUAUUCAUAUAAGAGUAGGGGAAACCCUGGUGUAGUGGUCUACCUGCACCACAAUCAGUUUAUAUCAGGAGGAGAGACCUGUGGGUCAUAGAGAUUCAGUUCACUUUUCACCUCCCAGGCACAGUUGACUUCAAACAAAUAAUUUAGGGCAUGACUUGGCCUGACGUACCAGACCCACCAAGCCAAAUUACUCCAACCCGAGAAUGAUGAGAUGGCUCUUGUCACAUUGACGGAAGAACAAAUGGAACUUAAAAUAUAAAACAGUC